AUGAAGUCACCACACUACAAGCAUUUUGACUGGGACUUGAACAGAGCGUAUCUUACGGGCUUCAAAGUCUAUACAGGAAAAUAUGGGGACAUCGAGCGGUUGCGAUUUCUUGCUUCUGACGGAAGCAAGACUGACACCCCGGGAUAUCGAUCAGGCUAUAAAGAAGAAAAAGAUACAGUUGAGUUCAAGGACAUCCGUGAUGGAUUCUCGCCUGCUUUGAAGGUUUGCACGCUUCGAUUGGGUAGAUUUGAAACUAUAAUAUCAUGGUCUUACGAUAUUGUUCUUACCCUGGCGCCCGCAUGCUUCUUCGGUCUGGCAUUAGCCGCACUCCGUCUCGACCAUCAGCCAAUCUCCUUAUACGGCGAAAGGGUUGUGAAUCUGACUAUUCUAAGCCCAUCAGUCUACCCCAUCGUCUUCGCAGCCGUCGCCAGUCGCUUCUUCAAGAAUCUGGCACGUUGGCGUCUGGAGAAGCGCCAGGGUAUCGAAUUGGCUACCCUUGAACAAGUGUUUGGCAGCCAGAACCUUGCCGGUGCUGUUGAGCGGCUCCUUUUUGUUCGCGCUAAGAUCCCCAUCGGAAUUGCUAUUCUUUUAAUCUGGUGUUUAUCACCCAUCGGCGGGCAAAGCGCUGCUAGGUUACUGCGAAAGGAGGGCCUAAUACAAAAUGGAACCGUAUUUUACACGCACGCUGCUUCGCAGGAUUUAAAAAGAGUAGCUUCGGAAGUCAGUCGAUCGAGCGUUACUGCGCUCUACAGUACUAGUUUCCUGUCAUCGUCGUCUAUGAAGAAGAAUCUUGUCGAUUUCUGGGACUGGCCGCGGAUUCCCCAAUGGCCAGAGAACGCAGACCCGGAUUCAACGCGCGCCAUUCAUUUGGAUGAUAUUGCUAGGGGCAAGGAGUCUUAUGCUUCCCUUCUUGGCAUUCACAUUCAGGGUUUGGACGAAUUCAAUGCAGAAGCUCAGUACCAGUUCAGCGUGGAGUCUUUAUACCACGAUAUCUCAUGCAACGAACCAGAGGUUGGGGUCUACUUGAACAACACGACAAACAAGAUACCCGAAUCCUGGAGCAACAUGACUGAGUUAUUUGAGCCGCCGGAUGGCAUUCCCACUUCCUUCGCCGCCCUCAUCUCCAGUCCGAACCUAACAGACCUCUAUCCGAACCCCGAAAGCAACCCAACACUGUUGGACGACUUGCCACCCUCCCACCUGCUAUACGCACUUGUAGACAUGUGGAUCGAGUUCGAGAAUGACACGAAGCCUCUGACGAUUUUCAACUGCAGUAUCCAUCCCGUUGUUGUAGAAACAGACAUCGUGUGUAAUUCAUCGGUCAUCUCGACGAGCUGCUUGGCGACGCAUCAGCGCAAAGCCAAAAAAUACUACAAUUCACAAGACAAUCCUUACACGGCCCUUAUGACCAUCCUGUCCCAGAAAGAUAUGAUACACCGACAAUGGAGCGCCGCUGAGGGUAUAUACAACCGGCUUCUGACCCCUCAAUAUAUAGCGAACACAGAGAGGUUUCGGUUUACAUUCGAUGACGGCUUUAACAAGAAGUUGUUCUCGACUCGCAUGACAACAGCCUUCAAUACUUUUGUAGACGCGACGGUUUACUAUACGGAUCACACCUACGCUUCCUUUCGGCUCCAGCCCGGCGAGGACACCCUGCCUGGGACAAAUAGAGGCUCUGCAAUGAACACCACUGAAGCAGUAGUCAAAAGCAAAGAAGAAGUUUAUCGUGUCAACAAGACAUGGUUGACGAUCCUCAUCAUUAUCACGGAGAUUCUAGGUCUCUUGGGUAUUCUGGGACUUAUACUGCAAUUGUUCAUUCGGGGACCUGAUAUACUUGGCUUCGCUAGCUCUCUCACUCGUGAGAAUGUAUACAUGGAAUUACCACCUGGAGGAUCGGCGCUGGAUGGACCGGCAAGGGCUAGAGCGUUAGGAAGCUUGAGGGUGCAUUUGGCGGAUGUCAAGCCGAAAGAUGAGAAGGGCUAUAUCGCGUUUACACCGGCUUAUGCGUUCAAGCAAGAUGAUGAAGAAGAGGAGGGGUCAUGGAAGGAUUUAAGUUCUAAACGACAUUAUCAGUAA